AUGGUGAAGUACGGGAAGAUCCACCUUUCAGUCGAGAGAGCUGACGACAACGAGGCCGAACGCACCCCCGGCGCCGCCUGCAUCCCGCGCCAUGAUCAUCACGUAGGUCCUGGUCUCGAACACCUCUCCACAACCAUCAAUGAGCCCGACCUACUAGCCGUUCCGUCACCCACCAUGCUCAGCGGACCCCCGAGGGCCAUCCCGCUCGUCUUCGUCUUCCUCGCCGCCGGCCUCGUGUGGUGGUAUCUCCACCAAAUCCCGUCAAUUCCAGCAUGGAACUCCGGGAGCAGCGCUGCCCACGGCUACCGGCCCUCGCUGCGCGGUGACCCACUCGACUUUGGCCUGCCGCUGCGCUUCUCAGAGGCGCAGACGAAGCCGCCGGGCAGCAACUACACGUACAAGAUCAUCGUGCCCAAGACGCAGAAGGAGGACAUUAGCUGGAUGGACAAGGAGAUCCCCGAUGCGCCGCUGGUCGUGUACGAAGUCGACAACCCCAAUGCCGAGCACAAGAUUCCUAAGAACAAAGGUCGCGAGGCCAUGGUCUACCUCUCGUACAUCAUCGACCACUACGACGACCUCCCCGACACGUCCAUCUUCAUGCACGCCCACCGCCACGCCUGGCACAACAACCAGCUCCUCGGCCUCGACGCCGCGCAGAUGAUCCAGCGCCUCAACCACGAGCGCGUCGCCCGCAUGGGCUACAUGAACGUGCGCUGCCACCACGACCCCGGCUGCCCGGACUGGAUCCACAUGGACCGCCCCGGCGGCGACUUCGAUUUCUUCCACAAGCCCGAGGAGAUCUACUGGCGGCGCAACAUCUGGGAGGAGAUCCACCCGGGCGCCCCGAUCCCGCCUUCCAUCUCGGGAAUCUGCUGCGCGCAAUUCGCUGUGUCGCGCCAGCGCAUCCAGGAAGUGCCGAUCGAGCGCUUCAUUCACUACCGCAAGUGGCUCCUUACAACGGGCAUGGACGACCAGUUCUCCGGCCGCAUCUUCGAAUACAUCUGGCACUACAUCUUUACCGGCCAUGAAGUCCACUGCCCGGCUAUGAACACUUGUUACUGCGACGGCUACGGUAUCUGUUUCGGCGGCCAGAAGAAGUACGACGAGUACUUCAAGAAGCAGGAUGCGCGCAAUGAGAAGUUUACCCAGCUGGAUAAGUUCAACAAGCGCGAGGAGGAGGCUAAGAAGGAUGGCAAGGACCCCAAUUUCUCCAAGGAAGAAAUCGAGACUAUUAAUAAACUGAGGACGGAGAUUAGUGGUAUGGAUAGGGAGUUGGAUGCGCUGAGAGAGGACGCGAAGAAGAGGGGUGAUGAUCCCAAGGCGAGGCAGGAGGAGACGGAGAGUUGGGAUUCGUCGCAUAUCUGGGACUAUGCUCCGAAGAACGGAUGA